UCUUUUUAGCAAAAGAAAGACAAAUAACUGAUGAGUCAUGCUUAGCAGAGAUGUAAAAUGACUGUUUUUGUUUUGUUUUUUCACUUUAUUUCCUCAUUUUUUUUACUUUUAUGUCUCAAUUUAAGUCAAAUGUCAUAUUUUUAAUGAUCCUCUUCUUAGAUCAUUAUUCUAUAAGUUAAAACAUGUUCAUUCUAUGGAUAUUUAAGCAGUUUUGUUGCAUUUAUAGCCUCAUUUUUUAUACAAACCAUCCUAAAUGCUGUUCCUGUGGAUGGAAUGAUCCUGAGGAUCUUUGCGUAAAAAUCCUUCACAUUUUGUGAUAAACCUGUUGAUCUUUGGACCAAAAGGAUGGAAAGAUGGUCUGGAAACAACUCGAAUCCCAGAAGAUCCCGGCUCAGAUCGCGCGCAACUGGAUCCAGCCUCCGCGCGUACACGCGCAUCCACGGGCGCGCGUCCGUGGACUUAUUGCGGCUGCGCUCUCACAGUCUUGAAUUUGUCCCGCGGAUGCAUGUGUUGUAAAAGUGUCCAGGACGCAGCAGGACGCGCCGCGCGAUGCGCUCUGCGGACUCCACGGAGGCCCGCGCGUCAUUCUGACCCACAGCAGCGGGAAAGUGCCAAAAGGAUCUGCGCUUGUGAGUCUGCAUGAGCAGAACUGUUGACUCUCAGCGGUCCGGUUUCCGUAGAGACUCUGCGCUCCAGCGACGGAGCCGAGAAUCCGGCGAGGAGAGCGCGCAGCCCCGGACGUCCAUUCAGAAAAUGGGUUGUUUCCGCGCACAGGAGGAGAGGGCUUCGCUCUAACGCCGGACCGGCGCAGCAUGGCGGGGCUACACGCCUCGGAAGCCGUGUCGGGACAUUUUUUGGACCCUGCCAUCAGCUCGGCGCCAGCCCAGGGCGCGACCAACGCUGCGGGAAUCACCGGCGAUGCGGCCGCCGCCGCCGCCCGGACGUACUUGGACGUGUCCGCCGCUGCCCAGAGCUACGUGGUGGGGGGGCUGUACACGAACGGACGCUACAGAGACCACAGCAGUCCACGGAUCGGGAGUGGCAGUCGUGAUAAUUCUGCGGAGAGAAGUCAGGGAGCUGGAAACCCACCUUGCGGUAUCAUGAAGGAUGGCUCCAAACAGAAGCCAGUGAGGAAGAAGACCGUGUCUUUCAGCUCAAUGCCAAGUGACCGAAAGAUCAACAGCACGGCUGCCUGCAUGGCCUUCAUGAUGAAGGGUUGUGAGAUGAAGAAGGUGCGCUCCAACUCCCGGAUGUACAACCGCUACUUCCUGCUGGAUCCAGACAUGCACUGGUUACGCUGGGAGCCUUCCAAGAAGGAUUCGGAGAAGGCCAAACUUGAAAUCAAAAGCAUCAAGGAAGUCCGUUUGGGAAAGAAAACUCCUGUCCUGCGCAGCAAUGGUCUCUCUGAUCAGUUUCCUGACGAAUGCGCCUUUUCAAUCAUCUAUGGGGAUAACUACGAGUCUUUGGAUUUGGUUGCCAGUACCCCAGAUGUUGUCAGUACAUGGGUCAUGGGCCUAAGAUAUUUAGUGUCUUAUGGUCGCCACACUGUAGAUAUGGUGGAACCCUGUCAACAAAGCCUAAGAACAUCGUGGAUUGGCUCAGUUUUUGAGCUAGCAGAUGUGGAAAAGGACGGACACAUAGAUCUGUUCCGAGCGACUCAGAUAAUCAAAGGGCUCAAUCCUGGAAUGAAAGAGUCUAGGAUAGAGCUGAAGUUCAAGGAGCUACAGAAAGCUAAAGACCAACAUGGAGAGACAAUUAACAUGGACUCUUUUGUGGAAGCCUACUGUGAGUUGUGCACGCGACCUGAGAUUUUCUUCCUACUGGUUCAAUUCUCCAGCAACAAAGAAUAUUUGGACAGUAAAGAUCUCAUGCUGUUUGUAGACGUGGAACAGGGCGUGGAAGGAGUUACAGAGGAAAUGUGCAAAGAUAUUGUUCAGAAAUUUGAGCCAUCGACUGAAGGCAGAGAAAGAGGUUACCUCUCUAUUGAUGGUUUUACAAACUACCUCCUGUCCUCUGAAUGCCACAUCUUUGACCCUCAGCACAAACGUGUGUGCCAGGACAUGACCCAGCCCCUCUCCCACUACUACAUUAACUCUUCACAUAAUGCCUCUCUUCUCGAUGACCAUUUCUGGGGUUCAUCAGACAUUAGCAGCUACAUACGAGCUUUAAGGAUGGGCUGUCGCAGUGUCGAGAUUGUAGUUUGGGAUGGCCACGAUAGUGAACCAGUUGUAUACAUAGGUAGUUCUGUGGCCUCACAGCUCGCCUUCUCUAAAGUUCUGGACAUUAUUAACCAGUAUGCUUUCGAAAGCUCAGAGUAUCCCCUAAUUCUCUGCUUGGUGACCCACUGCUGUAUUCUUCAGCAGAGGGUCAUGGCACAACACUUGAAGAAAAUUCUUGGAGACAAGUUGUACACUGAGUCGCCCAACAAAGAGGAAAACUACUUGCCUUCUCCUGAGAAACUAAAAGGUAAAAUCCUUCUCAAGAGUAAAAAGCUACCACCCAGCUGCACUGAUGCUGAGGGAGAUGUUACAGAUGAAGAGGAGGGUCUGGAAAUGUCUCGCAGAGUUGGAGCAGAUGACAAAGAUCACUUAAAUGGCUUGGGCUGUAAGAAAAUCAGGCUUUGCAGGGAACUAUCUGACCUUGUAUCACUCUGCAAGUCGGUGCAGUUCAGGGACUUUGAGACAUCUAAAAGGGACCAAAAAUACUGGGAGAUAUGCUCCUUCAACGAGGUAGAUGCGAACAGAUUUGCCAAUGAGUUCCCAGAGGAAUUUGUCUGUUACAACAAGCGCCUACUCUCCAGGGUAUAUCCCACACCUAUGAGGAUUGACGCCAGCAACAUGAACCCCCAGGAUUUCUGGAAGUGCGGAUGCCAGAUUGUGGCCAUGAACUAUCAGACACCGGGUCUGAUGAUGGACCUUAACCUCGGCUGGUUUAGGCAGAACGGCAACUGUGGGUACGUCUUAAGACCAGCCAUCAUGCGAGAAGAAGUGUCCUACUUUAGUGCCAACGCUCGAGACUCCCUACCAGGAGUGUCUGCACAGCUUCUGCACAUCAAGAUCAUCAGUGGGCAGAAUCUCCCCAAGCCUAGAGGCUCUGCCGCUAAGGGUGAUGUGGUGGAGCCCUACAUUUAUGUAGAAAUCCAUGGUAUACCAGCUGACUGUGCUGAGCAAAGAACCAAGACCGUGUCGCAGAAUGGAGACAACCCUAUUUUUGACGAGAGUUUUGAAUUCCAGAUAAAUUUACCUGAACUUGCAGUACUACGUUUCGUGGUUCUGGAUGAUGACUACAUCGGUGAUGAGUUCAUUGGACAGUACACAAUCCCAUUUGAGUGCCUACAACCCGGCUACAGACAUGUCCCCCUGCAGUCUCUCACAGGGGAGUUCCUACCCAACACCACUUUGUUUGUUCAUGUAGCCAUCACCAACCGGAGAGGUGGCGGAAAGGCUCAUAAAAGGGGACUGUCUGUGAGGAAGGGUCGAAAGGCUCGGGAGUACACCACUACCAAGACCACCGGGAUCAAAGCAGUGGACGAACUCUUCAGAGCUUCCACCCAGCCCCUCAGGGAGGCUACAGACCUCAGAGAAAAUGUCCAGAACGCCAUGGUCUCCUUUAAAGAGCUCUGUGGCCUGACCCCUGCAGCCAACAUGAAGCAGUGCAUCCUCACCGUGUCCACCUGGCUCAUGAACAGUGAGCGAUCUCUGCGGGUGACGGUUGACCUGAGCGAGACCUACCCCACCAUGGAGGCGCAGGGUCCCGUGCCUGAGCUUCUGCGCAAGGUUCUCAAUGCCUACGACAUGAUGAUCCAAACCAGCAAAACAUUGAUUGAGUCAGCUGAUGUGGUCUACUCCAAGCUUACACAAGCACAAAGGGCAGGUCUGGACUUCCAUGAGGACCUGCACCGCAUCGGAGCAAAGGAGGGCCUCAAAGGCCGCAAACUUCAGAAAGCCAUGGAGAGCUACGCUUGGAACAUCACUGUGCUUAAGGGCCAAGCAGACCUGCUGAAGCACGCAAAGAUUGAGGCUCUGGACACUCUGCGUCAGAUCCACUAUGCAGCUCAGUCCUGCGGUCUCAAUAAGAACGGCGCGGCGUCCCCCCAGCUGCAGCACCACCCUCAGCACCAGCCUCUGCAAAUCCAGCAGCAGCAGCCUCAGGCCAAGCCCCACCCACAGCCUCAUCCCUUCUAUCAGCCCAAAAUCCAAUCCCAGGUCCCACCCCAGGCGUAUCCGCACUCCCAUCCCCUCCAGUACCCCCAGGUGCAUCCCCCGCCCCCGCCUCCGCCUCCCCCCGCCACCCAAACUGAUUCAAAGCCGCCAGCCUACCCUCAGCCCCCGCCCCUUCCCCAAACUCACUUUCAGGUACAACAGCAGAGGGCGGCAGGACCUCUGGACCCGGUCCCCGAGAGGGACAAAGAGACGAUCAGCGACUACCCCGGAGGGUCCUGCUGACUCGUAGCCUGUGCCCACAGAGAAUCCUGCCCAAAGGGAGACAGGGAGAGCGAGACCCCGACCACGAGGGAGGACAGCAAGCCGGCGGAGAUAGAGAGUGCAGCCAGAGCCGCCGUGGAGGGCGCCGUGGUGAGAAAGACUCGCAAGGUUAGAAGUGAAACGCGAGUGUGAAGACGGAGUUCUCAUUUCAAACAGAAAGCCUCCAUCUCUGCUUCUUUUUUCAUGAACUGGGUAACAGCUGGGAGUUGUUUCAACUGGGACUGUGUCUCUCUGGGCAGCUCGCACGCCCAUCAGCUCUGUGGGUACAGGCUUUACGUCACGCUGGCUUUUUAUGCCACAUUUUUGCCUUUUUUUCUUUCACAUUUUCCCACCGCUCCUUUAGACACAUCCCCCUCCUCCCCGUCCUCCACUCUUUUUAAUAAAGCGGUUUUAAUUUUAGGUGUACAAAUUAUACCCGAGAUACUAGUCUAGGCACUUUAGGAGUCACGAAUGACGACCUCAGCACAAACCAAGGAGCUGUAAAGCCAAUAUAAAAGUGUUCAGUCACACUUUCUACGCAUCACAUCCUGCAAAUCUUUUUGUGUCAUUGCCCACAUCCUUAAGUGACUGGAAUACUCUGGCACCAGGCGAGACGUCCGACAGGAAGACGGUACUGCUGUCAAAAAAAAAAAAAAAAACAAACAAAAAAAAGUGGCUAUAGAUGUAUAUUGUAUGUAAUAUGUAUGAAGGGAACAUAUAUUGCUAAAAUAAUUAUCAGACAUUAAUGAUUGAUAUUCUAACUGUCGUUAGUUUUGUUCAGAUUCUUUUCUAACUGCACAUGGUUUGGCACAGAUUGUCGUGUGGAGCUCAUCGGUGCAUGUGGGACCACGACGCCGCGGUCAAACAACAACAACCUGACGUGUGUUUUUCCGUUCCAAGUGACUUUCUGUACGCGGCCCAUUAAACCUGAUUUCAUUGUUAA